AUGCCGAGUGAGGAUUUGGAACGUGAGUCCCAGGAACGGGACUCUGGGGAGGAAGCCGACUCUCUGCUCCCCGAUCUGCGUGCCUUGGUCUUAUCUCGAUCGCCCCGAGCUGCUCUCGGCUACAAGGUUGCUGCUUUUCAUUGCCAGGGUGAGUCAGGGCUUCUCUCAUGCAGUCUGAUCCUUAUAGCCGAAGUCGACGGCCAACUGCUUGUUGCGGUGCCUCACCAUGCUUGGCACCGGGUCACCAAGCGCUGUUACUUGCCUCGGGCCGCCCUGCUGAAGCCAUGUCACGCCGAGGUGCUGGCCGCCGAUCCCGCAGAUCGCGGUUGUUCGCAUGGCCAUUUCAAGGUCAGAGUCUGGAUGGGCUUGCUCAAUCCCGACUACGAGGAGUUUGUAGUGGCGAAGGACGAGGACGAGUCCGGGGAACGAGCCUUUACUGUUUCAGGGUCUGAACAGCCGAUCCUGCCUUUCGGCCCUUCCCUUGCCUCUAUCGCCCGAGACCACUUCGGCUUCGUGUCAGCUGCAGAAGAGCAGAGCGAGGAUAUCGCUUCGCGGGUUCGUGGUUUGGAGAAUGCGAUUCAGGGUCUGCAAGGCGGUUUGGAUGCUCUUCUAAAGGAAGUUUCGAAUCGCAAUGCCGCGGAUCCACCUCCGCCGCAAGCCCCGGAGCCUCAGGCCAAGCUGGCAGCCAAGCCGAAGUCUCUUCCGGUUGGGCCUGCAGCGUCUGGGCUAGAUCCUGCCGUGCUCGCAGCCGCGAGGGGGGCCGGAGUGCCCGAGGACCAGCUGCGUCUCAUGCAGCAGCUCGCAGCCAAGCCUGUAAAGCUAGGCGACGGUGCAAGGAAGGUCAAGACGGUUCUCUCGGAGUCGGAGGAGGAAGAGGACGCCGCCGACGCCGGGGGGCAGCCGGAGGCGGCGUCGGUUGCCGAGUCUAUCCACAAGAUGACUCAAAUCCUCAGCCGCCUCUCGAAGCCUCGAGCCAGCGGGAGUCUGGAGGAUCUACUGGAUCGCGGCGAGGAGGUCGGGCUGAGCAGCUCGAGCAGCGGGGGCUCGUCGAAGGCGGCUGCCUACUUGAAGCUCGCGAGGCUGCUCAAGGAGGAUCCUGCAAAGACAUCAUCCUCGAUCCUUCGCCUCAUGACCGAGGACUUUCAGGGUCAUACUGCUGCACCGGGGCUCGAGGAUCUGCCUAUGACUUCCCGCGCCUGGUUGGAACACACGAGCAGGGUCCAGCAGUUUGCGGGCCCAGUCCGCUGGGGCUGGCAAACGGCGGGGGCCCUCGACGCGCUGCUCGCGGGACGCGAAGAAGAGUGCAAAGCUCGCCUGUGUUUAAUGUUGGCCGCUCCAGACCAGAGUUCCCUAGAUUCGGGGAGCUGGCUCCUCGCAGCCGAGAUGUUGCCCGAGCCGAGUCCCCCUUUCUCGAGCUUCAGUCGCCAUCGACCUCCCGAACCAGGCGAAAGCCACCAGACCAAGGUGAUGGAUCCUCGUUGGAUCAGCGUCCUGAUGCAUCGCAUCAAAGAAAGGGAAUCCUUCAUCGAAGCCCGCAAGAAGCUUUCUGCUCCUCGCGGGCAGCCAUCGACCUCGAGCGAUCCCGACAAGGAAAAGCCCGAGAAGCCCGGGAAGGGCCGUGCGCGGGGCGAGGCGCCAAAGUGA